AUGGGAGGAUGCUUCUCCAAACCCAAACCAGUUGAAGUUAAAGUGGAACUCUCUCUCCUGGAAAAAGAAAAAGAGGUGGACGGGCUGUCCCCCAACGGGAAAGCGAGUCCCUUCGCCGACUGCAGACCCAACGGGGCCCUGGGACACGGCUCUGAUGAUGACUCCCCCCCACUCCCCCCCUACCACAAGCCCCGGGACUACGUGGAGGCCUCAGUGUGUCACGUUAAGGAUAUGGAGAAUGGACAGAUGCGAGAGGUCGACCUGGGAAGUGGGCGAGCUUUGUUGAUCAAAGAACAUGGAGAGUUCUCCGCCAUGGGACACAAGUGUCCACACUACGGAGCGCCCCUCGUCAAAGGUGUGCUGUCGAAAGGACACGUGCGCUGUCCCUGGCACGGUGCGUGUUUCAACAUUGCAACAGGGGACCUGGAGGACUUCCCUGGCCUGGACAGCCUGCCCACCUUCCAGGUCAGAGUUGAAAAGGACAAGGUGAUCAUUCGUGCAAACAAACAGGCCCUUCUGUCACAGAGGAGGUCAAAGCCCAUGUCUCGAUGCUCAGCAGUCAUAAACUCCAGCACCGGCUUCAGCCACGUUCUCAUCAUUGGCUCAGGUCCGGCAGGUCUGGUGUGUGCAGAGACACUGAGGCAGGAGGGCUUCACCGAUCGUAUCGUCAUGUGCACCAUGGACAGGCAUCCUCCGUAUGACAGGACUAAACUGAGUAAGUCUCUCGACAGCACAGCAGAGCAGCUGAGAUUGCGCUCCAUGGACUUUCUGCAGGAGCACGACAUUGAACUGCUCACAGAGAAGGAGGCUGUAGCGAUAGACGUAAAAACACGAUCUGUGACAUUUGAAGACGGCCUGAGGAUGGAGUACAGGAAACUCUUUAUUGCUACAGGCAGCAAACCCAUACCAAUGAGCUUCAGAGGCAAAGACGUGAGGAACGUGUUUCACCUCAGGACGCCUGACGAUGCUAACAGCAUAGCGAAGCUGGCCAACAACAAGAACGCCGUGAUUGUUGGAACGUCAUUUGUCGGUAUGGAGGUGGCUGCAGCUCUAACUGACAAGGCCCACUCGGUCUCUGUCAUAGGGAUCGAGUCCGUCCCCUUUAAAAAAGCUCUCGGGGAGAAAGUAGGGAAAGCCAUAAUGAAGCUGUUCGAGGCAAACAGGGUGAAGUUCUACAUGUUGAACGAGGUGUCAGAGAUGAUUGGCCAACAUGGACAGCUGAAAGAGGUGCUGCUGAACAGUGGGAAAGUCCUGCGGGCUGACGUGUGCGUCAUCGGAGCAGGAAGUGUUCCUGCAACGGGCUUCGCGAAACAGAGCGGCCUCCACGUCGACUCCAAGGGCUUCAUCACUGUCAACAAGAUGAUGCAGACAAAUGUUGAUGACGUCUUUGCUGGGGGAGAUGUGGUGAUGUUUCCUUUCCCGCCACGCAACAACAAGAAGGUGAACAUCCCUCACUGGCAGAUGGCUCAUGUACAUGGAAGAGUGGCAGCUCUCUGUAUGAUGGGCCGACCCACAGAGAUGAAAACGGUGCCUUACUUCUGGUCCGCCAUGUUUGGGAAGACCAUACGCUACGCAGGUUAUGGAGAAGGAUUUGAUGAUGUCAUUAUUCAAGGAGAUCUGGAUGAACUGAGAUUUGUAGCUUUCUAUACCAGGAGUGAGGAGGUGGUGGCUGUUGCCAGCAUGAACUAUGAUCCCAUUGUGUCCCGUGUGGCAGAGGUCUUAGGGUCCGGAAAGACGAUUAAGAAACGAGAUGUGGAGAUGUUAGCACGACUUGGCAAGACUGGAGACAUUUCCUGGUUGAACGACAAAGGCUCUCAAUGA